ACGGGUCUGUGGAAAUUUGAAACUCGUGAAUUGAUUUUCAUUUGAGGUGGCAUGCUAGAAAACGAUUAAAGCUCAUAUGCAAACUUGUUUCAACAAUUCAGAUUAUUGAGAUCGGUUGGUUUACGAUAAUAACGUCGUAAUAAGGGAGACCGUAAGUAGUGAUCAGUCGGUCAAAGUUGAGGGGCUAAUAUUGCCGAAGUUUUGGUCAAAGCUAUCCAGCCUGCACGCAGCCAUAAUCUGCUUGGUUCCUGACUGUAAAUAAUCAAAUCUGCAACACUAUUAAAAUGGCGCACAUAGACUGAAAUGGCAACAAUAUAUGGUCAAGCCGGUGCUUAUAAAUUAUAAGCCAAAACUUAUAGUCUGUCCUUUAUAUCACUUGGUGUUCAAGAACCAGAACACCACUCGAUCGAGUAGAGGAUAAUAUAGAUAAGCGAUCAGGUUUGAGCGUGAAUUUAUCGUUUUGAUCGUACGCACAUAUUUCUAAUUCAAAGAAACAUCACUCAUUGGUAGGACGGACAAUGGAUGAAUUGGAUGAGUUUCACUUCCAAAUUAUCUACACGUUACGGCUUAACUCUCUCCACCGCUUUUUAAGUGCGGCCCAAUGCUCUAAUUUAUUCUGGAUCCGCCGCUGUGCAUCCAUGAAAAUUGAUUAGUUGAAGUUAAAGCCAAAGCAAUUUGGGUCAUGGGUAAGUCCAUAGCUCGCUUCCACUCAGUAUCAAGUCUCAACUAAUUCUUCAUUGGGCUUGAACUCCUUAUGUCUUUCUAAUGGGCUUAAACCAAUCAAGCUAUCUCCAAUAGAAAUAGGCCCACUCCAUUCAGCCCAACUACACAGAACUUCACCCUUUCCCAAAUGCGUCGUCUUCCCCAGCAAAACCCCAUCAAUCCAAAACCCUAACACUUAUAAAUUCCGCAUUUUAAUUCAACCGAAAAAACCUCCGCCACCACUCCCUAAACCCUACAAACCCUAGAAACAGCCACUGGUCUCGCCCACGAGACCACCAGCCAACAAUGUCGGAAGUCGAAGUCUCCCGCUCGGAGAAGAAGAAGCACAAGAAGAAGACCGCCCCGGAGACCGAGGCCGACCCCAUGACCCCUUCCAAAGACGGCUCCUCCCCCGCCGCCGCCGCCGGAGACUUCCUGAUCAAGCCCCAGAGCUUCACACCGGCGAUCGACACUUCCCAGUGGCCCAUCCUGCUCAAGAACUACGACCGCCUGAAUGUCCGGACCGGACACUACACUCCACUCCCCUCCGGCUACUCCCCGCUCAAGCGUCCCCUUGCUGAGUACAUCCGCUACGGCGUCAUGAAUCUCGACAAGCCGGCCAACCCUUCCUCCCACGAGGUGGUCGCUUGGAUUAAGAGGAUCCUCCGCUCGGAGAAGACCGGUCACAGCGGGACUCUCGACCCGAAAGUUACAGGUAACUUGAUCGUUUGUAUCGAUAGAGCUACCCGUCUAGUUAAGUCGCAGCAGGGGGCCGGGAAAGAGUACGUCUGUGUGGCCAGGCUGCACGAUAAGGUCCCCGAUGUAGCUAAAGUUGCCAGAGCGCUGGAGACUCUGACUGGAGCUGUCUUCCAGAGGCCUCCCCUGAUCUCUGCUGUGAAGAGGCAGCUCAGGAUUAGGACUGUUUAUGAGAGCAAGCUGCUGGAGUAUGAUGUUGAUAGGCAUUUGGUUGUGUUCUGGAUUUCGUGCGAGGCGGGUACUUAUGUGAGGACCAUGUGUGUCCAUUUGGGUCUGGUUCUUGGUGUUGGGGGGCAUAUGCAGGAGCUUAGGAGGGUUAGGUCUGGGAUUUUGGGUGAGAAGGAUAACAUGGUCACGAUGCACGAUGUGAUGGAUGCUCAGUGGGCUUAUGAUAACUAUAGGGAUGAGUCUUAUCUGAGGAGGGUGAUUAUGCCGCUCGAGGUGCUGUUGACUAGCUACAAAAGGCUGGUGGUGAAGGAUUCUGCUGUGAAUGCAAUUUGCUACGGUGCAAAGCUGAUGAUUCCCGGGUUGUUGAGGUUUGAGAAUGAUGUGGAAGUUGGGGAGGAAGUUGUGCUGAUGACAACAAAGGGUGAGGCGAUUGCAUUGGGGAUUGCUGAGAUGACCACUGCUGUGAUGGCUACCUGUGAUCAUGGUGUUGUGGCGAAGAUAAAGAGGGUGGUUAUGGACAGGGAUACUUAUCCUAGGAAAUGGGGGCUGGGUCCGAGGGCUUCGAUGAAGAAGAAGCUGAUUUCGGAAGGGAAGUUGGAUAAACAUGGGAAGCCGAAUGAGAAGACACCAAAUGAAUGGGCCAGGAACUUGGUUCUUCCUACUGGUGGAGACUCGAUGGUUGCUAGUCUUGCCGCCUCCGCUGGACCAGAGACAAAUGCUGCUGCUCCUACUCCUGAUGUGGCAACCGAGAAGAAGAAGAGCAAACGGAAACAUGAUGAUGAUACCCCUGCUGAUGCUGAGGCGACGGCGAAGAAGGUUAAGGUUGAUCAUGUUGAGGUAGAGGAAACUCCCAAGGCGAAGGUGGAAGGUGGUGAUGAUAAGUCGGAGAAGAAGAAGAAGAAAAAGAAGAGCAAAGAGGGUGGUGAAGAGGAAGUUGUUGUAGCGGAUAAAGAGUCGGAGAAGAAAAAGAAGAAGGAGAAGAACGGUGAAGAGGCUGGUUCACCGGAUAAGGAGAAGUCGGAGAAGAAGAAAAAGAAGAAGAAAGAGAAGGAAGGUGAUGAAGGCGCUGUUAACGGGAAGGAAGAUGGAGAGGCUGAUAAAAGUGAGAAAAAGAAGAAGAAAAAGAAGGACAAAGAUGGAGAAGAAGAAUAGAUGAAUAAGACUGGAGAUAUGCAUUUUUGUUUGCCAGAUGAAACCCACAAAUGCUUGUGCGUAUGUUAUCUCUUCUGGGAGAGUUGGUUGCUCGUUUGUUUUUCUUUUGUUCUGUAAUAUUUCGUAAUAUGCAGUUUCAUGGGAACUAGUUUUUAGAGAAAUUGUUCUGUUAAGUGUUAGGUGGGAGAACCAAGAGUCCUGAGCUGUAUUAUUAUCCUCUUUUCUAUACCAGUUCUCUGCAUGAAUU